AUGGGCCUCCCUAGGCGACAUUCAGCUGUGUUACUGCUGCUGGGUGUUUUGGUCUGGCUGCUUUGUACUGAGUGGAGAGCAGGCCGUUCCUCUGCUCUUGGGAAAGGGCCAACUUUGAGCGUGGAGAGUAACCCCCUGACCUUUGACCCCUUCCUCUACAACCAGCAGCUGAGAAGAAUGCUCCUGAGGUCAUUCUGCAAGCAAGGCGCGGAGGCCAACAGGCCUCAUCAGAUCGCCCACUUCCAGAGCCUCCGUGCGAACGCGCGCCACCGGGUGGUAUACUGCAGCUCUCCCGACACGGGGACAGCUUACUGGGAGAGGGUGCUGGAAAUCCUGAACAAUGUGCCAGUGGAGGAAAGCAUGUUAGUCAGCGAGAGCACUCCACCCACUCUGCCCCAUGGGGACUUGAGCUGGAAGGAUAUGGACACAACUGCCACCCUGCCACCAUCGUACACCAAGAUCAUCUUCAUCAGGCAUCCCCUUCAGCGGCUGCUCUUCACCUACCACCAUGACCACUUUGUUGGCGAGUCCCUUGAGGCGUACGUCCAGCGAGUGUUGCCACGGGGGAUGGCGGAAGAGCCAGCUGGCUGCAGGCCCUUGGUGCACCUGUGCCAGCCUUGCCUCAUCCAAUAUGACUAUGUGGUGGCCUACAAGUUCCUGGACCAGGAACUGGGCCACCUUCUGUGGCGACUGGGUUUUCGCCCCCCUGAAGGGCUGAAGCUGCCCCCAUUCCAGGACUGGGAGGAGAGCCUGUGGUCCCAGUGGCUGGUGGAGCAAUUCCUUGGCCAUCUCCCAGCCUGGCUGCUGGACAACUUGCUCCAGCUCUACAGUGGUGACUUCUCUGCCUUCAAUUUCACUCACGAGUUGACCUUGAACUAAUCGAACCCGUGACCCCCGACCGACAGCUCGAACAGAAACUGGACGCUUGAGCAGGUGCAGGUCUCAGUCACCUGCUUCAAUAGCAACG